AUGGCGUUUGUGUUUCCUUCAUUGGCUGGUCCAGCCGUCGUGGCAAUUACUAUAGCCGGCGCCCUGUUUUCCUCCCUGCUACUCUAUUUUGUUCGAAUUAAUCUAAUGUUUAUGGAAACCCCAACCCGGUUUCGGGUGCUUGCGGGGUUGGGAUGGGACCGAAAACUACUCUCCCAGACCUACAAAGAACUUGCUAAAAACCCCAUCAACUAUACCAACGAGCUCCCCCCGAGGCUGAAUCGACGAUAUAUUGUGACUGGAGGCGCUGGUCUUGUCGGGGGCCACAUCGUGCUCCAACUGCUGGCCAGAGGGACGCCGCCCGAGAGUAUUCGCGUCAUUGAUAUCCGCAGAACAGAACGCAAUGAUCUUCGCACGGAAGCCGCAUCAAGAGUAGACUUUAUUCAGACAGACGUCACCUCCUUAAGCUCCGUUAAAGAUGCCUUCUGCAAGCCGUGGGACCAAUCAGUAGCCCACCUUCCGCUCACCGUCUUCCACACGGCUGCCAUCAUCAUUCCUUCAGCCCGGUCCAAGCUACAAUAUGAGUUUGUAGAAGCUGUCAACGUCAGAGGCACUGAGAAUGUUCUUCUGGCAGCGCGCAAGGCUGGUGCCGACAUCUUCAGCUCAACCUCGUCCGCUUCCAUCGCGAUCCGCCCAGUAGAGCUCUUUCCAUCACCCUGGGCCUUAACACCAAAGAACUUUGCUCAGGUGCUCGACGAGAGUGAUUUCUAUGAGCCUUUACGCCCACACGAGGAGUUUUUCGGCAAUUAUCCUGCCUCCAAGGCCCUGGCUGAACGUCUGGUUUGCGAAGCAAACGAUGGCGACUCGUUUAGGACAGGUUGCAUACGCCCCGGCAACGGAGUUUAUGGGGAUCCAACUGACAACACAGUCGGCGGCCCUCUAAGCAAGUCUAUCAUGCCAACAUGGGUACCACAUAUUGUUCAAAGCUUCGUACACGGGGCUAACGUGGCGGUCGCCCAUCUGCAUCACGAAGCUGUUCUUACGACUAAGAAUUGCUCACAAGCCGGUCGGCCUUUUGUCGUGACCGAUCCAAACCCUCCUAUAACCUAUCGUGAUCUCUACAACGUCAUCAAGUUCCUGUCCUUACAUUCCUUCCACAUGGUCGUUCUGCCACCCAUACUAAUUCUUCUACUCUCACACGUUAUUGAAUGGUAUAUUCUUUUGCCGUAUCGUUAUCCGUUUUUACAACAUUUUCUUCCUCAGAUAAGGGGCGACUUGAAGUAUUUACAGCCGGGACUUCUUUCUAUCUGCACACACUUGGUCGUCUCUGAUUCAGAGGCGAGGAAAUCUGUAGAAGAGGGCGGACUCGGUUAUCGCGGUGUCUUAACGACGCUGCAAGGAAUGGUUUGGGAAGUCUUGGAAUGGAAUCGAGAGCACGAAAGUAAACGUGACAAAGCCCAUGCCAGAAAGGCGUACACAACUUCGGUCGAAUUGGCGGAACAGAUACAGAAACUUGGAGUGGGUGGCGUGCGUAUCUCUACAUGA